ACUCGUUUGCCCAGGGCUGUCACCGGAACCCAAGUGAAUACCUCGCUGUUUUGUCAGUCACCUACCAGCAGAAAGAAUGGAUCAGUUCAAGGGUCAGCCUCGUCUUCCCAAAUUCGCUGUUCCGAAACGAUACGACGUAAGGCUCCAACCUGACCUCGUCGCCUGCUGCUUCUCUGGCUCUGUCGCCAUUGACCUCAACAUCGUCGCCGCUACCAGUUACAUCGUUCUCAAUGCCGCUGAGCUCUCCGUCAGUGACGAUGCCGCAUCCUUCACAAACCGAGAUUCCUCUAAGGUUUUCAAGCCUUCAAGAGUCGAGCUGUUUGAACAAGACGAGAUUCUGGUAUUAGAGUUUCCAGACACCCUGCCGAUUGGGUUAGGUGUUUUGACUAUUCAAUUUGAAGGAACCUUGAAUGAUAGAAUGAAAGGAUUUUACAGAAGCAAAUAUGAGCAUAAUGGUGAGAAGAAGAAUAUGGCUGUUACUCAGUUUGAACCAGCUGAUGCCAGAAAAUGCUUUCCUUGCUGGGAUGAACCUGCUUGCAAGGCUACUUUCAAGAUCACAUUGGACGUGCCUUCAGAGCUCACAGCCCUUUCCAACAUGCCAGUCAUUGAAGAAAAAAUAAAUGGCAAUACUAAAACAGUUUCAUAUCAAGAAUCGCCAAUCAUGUCUACAUAUUUGGUUGCAGUUGUUGUUGGUUUGUUUGAUUUUGUGGAAGACCAUACCUCUGAUGGGGUGAAAGUCCGAGUUUACUGUCAAGUUGGUAAGGCAAAUCAGGGGAAGUUUGCACUAUAUGUUGCUGUGAAGACAUUGGAACUAUUCAAACAUUAUUUUGAAACCCCUUACUCUCUGCCAAAAUUGGAUAUGAUUGCAAUUCCUGAUUUUGCGGCUGGAGCCAUGGAGAAUUAUGGUUUGGUUACAUAUCGAGAGACUGCUUUACUCUAUGAUGAUCAGAAUUCUGCUGCUGCCAAUAAGCAGAGGGUUGCUACUGUUGUAGCUCAUGAAUUGGCUCAUCAAUGGUUUGGCAAUCUUGUUACAAUGGAGUGGUGGACACAUUUAUGGCUGAAUGAAGGUUUUGCAACAUGGGUUAGCUAUCUAGCAACUGAUAGCUUGUUUCCUGAGUGGAAAAUAUGGUCUCAAUUUCUUCAUGAAACGACUGAGGGUCUUAAAUUAGAUGGCCUUGCAGAAUCCCACCCAAUUGAGGUAGAAAUAAAUCAUGCCCAUGAGAUUGAUGAAAUAUUUGAUGCAAUAAGUUAUAGGAAAGGUGCAUCUGUAAUCAGGAUGCUACAAAGCUAUCUUGGCGCUGAAUGCUUUCAGAGGUCACUGGCUUCGUAUAUAAAAAGAUACGCAUGCUCAAAUGCUAAGACUGAGGAUCUGUGGGCUGCCCUUGAGGAAGGAUCUGGUGAACCUGUGAACAAAUUAAUGGACUCUUGGACAAAGCAGAAGGGGUACCCUGUUGUCUCCGUUAGAGUCAAUAAUCAGAAAUUGGAGUUUGAGCAGUCACAAUUCUUGUCUAGUGGUGCCCAAGGAGAAGGCCAUUGGAUUGUUCCAACAACAUUGUGCCUUGGAUCAUAUGAUGUUUGCAAGAAUUUCCUUCUGCAAGAAAAAACUGAAACACGUGAUGUCAAUGAGCUUUUUGGCUCUCAGAUUCCUCAAGAAAUAGGACCACGUUCUUGGAUAAAACUAAAUGUGGAUCAGACUGGUUUUUACAGGGUGAAAUAUGAUGGGCUUGCAGCUAGACUCAGAUAUGCAGUAGAAAAGCAAUUAUUAUCUGCAACAGACCGAUUUGGCAUUUUGGAUGAUUUAUAUGCACUUUGUAUGGCUCGCAAGGAAACAUUGACCUCCCUGCUUGCCUUGAUGGGAGCCUACAGGGAGGAACUUGAUUAUAUCGUGUUAUCUAACCUAAUUACUGUAAGUUAUAAAGUUGAAAGGAUUGCUGCCGAUGCUGUACCAGAGUUACUAGACUACAUUAAGCAAUUCUUUAUUAACCUUCUCCAGUUCUCUGCUGAGAAGCUUGGCUGGGACCCUAAACCAGGUGAAAGCCAUCUAGACGCAAUGUUGAGAGGAGAAGUUUUGACAGCCCUUGCUGUUUUUGGACAUGAUCCGACACUGGAUGAAGCAAACAGGCGUUUUCAGGCAUUCUUAGAAGACAGAAGUACACAACUUCUUCCACCUGAUACAAGAAAGGCAACCUAUGUGGCGGUGAUGCAAAGGGCAAGCAAAUCUAACCGUUUUGGUUAUGAAUCUCUUCUCAAUGUUUAUCGGGAAUCUGACCUAAGCCAGGAAAAAACACGCAUUCUAAGCUCAUUGGCAUCUUCACAUGAUCCAGACCUAAUUCUUGAAGCCCUUAACUUUAUGUUGUCUUCCGAGGUACGAAGUCAGGAUGCUGUUUUCGGACUUGCUGUUAGUCUGGAAGGACGAGAAGUAACUUGGACAUGGUUCAAGGAGAAUUGGGAACAUCUCUUUAAGAUGUAUGGCUCAGGAUUUUUGAUAACUCGCUUUGUUAGUGCAGCUGUCUCACCGUUUGCUUCGUUUGAGAAGGCAAAAGAAGUAGAGGAAUUCUUUGCCACCCGUUCGCAGCCUUCAAUAGCUAGGACGUUGAAGCAGAGCCUGGAGCGGGUUCAUAUCAAUGCGUCAUGGGUUCGGAGUGUUACGAAUGAGCAACAUCUGACCCUGGCUGUGAAGGAGUUGGCAUACAGGAAAUACUGACUACCCUAUGCUUCCUCUCGUUUUGGCGCAUGUUUUUCUAGACUCAAGUUGUGGUGCAAUCUGCUUUUGUGACACUAUAAUAUCUCUGCUAUAUGCCCUAAUAAUACAACUUGAGCGCCUAUCCGCUCAUCCGCAAUGAUAAUAAUAGGCUUAACCUUAUGUUUCA